AUGUCGAGCUUCUUGAAUGAGCCUUCGACGCCGAAGAGGUCUCCAGCGCUGCGGCGCGCGCCCGGACCUCCUCGACUCCUCCACCCGGCGCUGGCUCUCGGCGGCGAGCGCGGCAGCGUCCGCCUCUGGCAACACAGAGGCACACGUCCCACAACACCAGAGCAAGGGGCGAGCGACGGAGGGCAGGUUACACGGAGGCAAAUUUGGAUGGGAAAUAGAGGGCGUUUGGCCAGCAGGGCGGCAGCGUCGCUUCUGGCAAACAGCAGCCGACGGUCAACACACAGGCAAGGGGCCGAGGCGACGGAACAGGGUUAUGAAGGAGGCAUUGGAUGGGAAGUAGGGGCGUUGGCCAUAGGCGCGGCAGCGUUCGCUCUGCAAGAGCAGCACACGUCAACACACAGGGCAAGGGGCGAGGCAGCGGACAGGUUAAAGGAGGCAUUGGAUGGAAAGCAGGCGGCAGCGUCCGCUCUGCAACAGCAGCGCACGUCCAACACACAGGGCAAUGGGCGAGGCGGCAGAGGACAGGUUAAAGGAGGCAUUGGAUGGGAAAUAGGGGGCGUUGGCCAGCAGGCGUGGCAGCGUCCAUUCUGCAACAGCAGCACACGUCAACCCACAGGGAAAGGGGCGAGGCAGAGGAAGAAACAAUAA